AAUAUCUAGUUUGUCGUUGCAAUACUUUACUCUUGAUCUGACCCCUGUGAACUCUUAAUGCGCAUUGACAGGCCUACCCAGGAUAUAGGCCUAUAGGCCUAAGGUCCUUAUUUCCUUGUGUGCUAUCGUAGUGCACAUAAGUAUACCAACUUGAAGUUUCCGUUUACACGGAAAGAUUUCCUCCGAAUCCCUUUCAAAACAGCAGCACAACUAGUACCUACAACUUAGAGCAAGGACGUGUGUCGAUUAACCCCUGUUGUUACUGGUGAAUCGAUCGUGGCCGUAUUGGAACAGCUGCCGAAGAAAUUCGAUAAGUAAAGAACAAACGCUCCGAACGAAACACAACUCCUAGCAAAUUUGUUUCGAAUUGACUAAAGAUGGCAAAAUUAUGAUGUAAAAUUGUGCUUCUGGGACGACAUAUCAAAAACAUUGUGAUUUUUGUUCAGAAUGUAGAGAAUGUUCACAGCGGAUCUAUAGGGAUUUUAAUGGUCGGUGUGACGGUUACCGCAGUUGAUUCUCGUCGAAGAUGAGUGUUGAAAAUAAUGGCUAAUCAUACUAUGUCAACAGAUGAUCCGAUAGAGUCACUCACAAAAGAUGAAUACUAUAGAAGACAACGCUUGAUUCGAUAUCGGUAUACUGCGCAGGAACGCAAACGCCUGCGUCAGCAACAAAUCAAGGACGAUCUACGGGGACUUCGUGUGCCUUCAAUAGUUUGCUUAGUUGUUGGUGUUCUAUUUACUCUUGGAAGUGUUGCCAUGACCGUAUGUGGAUACUAUGCAGAAUCAAUUGCAACACAGGAUGCUGAUAAUAGUACUGUUUAUGUGGACGAACAUUUGAAGGAACACCUUGAGGAUUUGAAAAAGGUGGGCCCGGUUCUUGUCGGUUGUGGGAUUUUUACUUCAAUGUGUGCGCUCGUUAUUGUCUUUGAAACGAGGAACGAUAAGAAUGAGUCGACAGGAUCUAAAGAAGAAAAACACAAUAAUACACCUUGUUUGAUGGAGUACAGUUUUGGAGCAACGCAAGACGACAGCAACGCUGGUGCUGAAUUGAAACAACUGACAACACUCGAUGUAGAUAACCUUCCACAAACGCCUAUGCAACAUAUCAAUGAUAUUAAACUUGAGAACGAAACUAAAGUAUUAUUAACUGCCGAACCAAUUGCCGAAAAUAACUGUUUACAAACCACAGAGCAAAUAACUAACUGCAGUUUAAAACAAAGUCAAUCUUACGAAACUAAUAAUCAUGAAUUUGAGUAUGACAGAGCGGAUGUAAGUGAUUCGAAUAAUCGAAAUACAACUCAAAGUAAAUUUCCAUUAAUAAAUUGUGCGCCAAAGUCCCAACCUUUACCGCCAUUGGAUUUGAAAUCAAGUCGUGAAGAAGUUGCACAAGAAUCGGGGAUCAGCAGAGUGCCACGGGGAAAUAAAAGGAAACAGAAACGUAAGCCACAGUGCGUUGAUACACUUUCAGAAAAAGCCAAUCAAAAGAAAAAUCAAGACAUUAUGGAAUUACCAAUUGAGAAACCAUCACAAAAUGAUAAAGGAAAUAUCGUAGAUGAAGGUAUUAAAAGCGAGACAGAAAACGACACUUUCAAGUUAAUAGAAGCAAGCGGUGAUGUAGAUCAGAAGAAAGGAAAGCGAAGAAGUUUACGAGGUUCACUAAAAAGAAAACGGAAAUCAUCAAAUACGGUUCAACCGUCCGAUAAUGCUGCAUUUGAUGUCACGCUAGCGGAAAAUGAUGACGUUACGACGGAAAGACAUCCGACUUCACGAUCCCAACCAUCAAGCUCAACGUUUUCACGCAAGUUCAGUAACGAAGCUUGGCCGGAUGGAUCAAACGACAGCAAAAGUGUCGGAAAGACACCUUUAAACGGAACAUUCCGCUCUGAAUCAAACCUAGUCGGCCUAUCCUCAAAUACAGCUCAAAAAGUCUUGGUGGAAAAUCCAGAUAAUUCAAAUAUAUCAAGUUCACGAAAUGUAAGAACUAAAGAUAGUGAAAUAUCGUCCGAAAAUGGUGAAAACGUAUGAACUAUUUGUAUCUAAAACAAGAUAUUUCAUCUAUUACAUAUUAUCUUGAAACAUUUGGUUUUUGGGCAGUCAGGAUUGGAAGGGCUGGUCAGCAUUCAUAUCACCUUAUAUAACCGGCAAUAACAUUCCUUAGUCCUAAAGCAAUCUAAUUGUAAUUUAUUUGGCAUUGUAACAUUUAGUAAAUUUAUUAUAGUUAUUUGAGGAAAAGUGUAUAUUUAUUGACAUAAGUUGUGUAAAUCACUUCGAUAACAUGUGUUUGUUCAACUUGGGCUAAAUUUGCAAAUUCAUUUAUUAAAAAUAGGUUCAGUUGCAUGGGAUUAGUUAAUGAUUUAUAUAUUCAUAUCGGAACCUGCGUUAUCGAUGACAAUAUAUUUGGAAAAUAUAACUUAUGUGAAUUAACAAGACAAAUAAUUUACUUAUUCAAAAAAAAUAUUUGGAUAAAUUAAAUUUGACUAGUUUUAAAUUGAAACAUACGAAUAAAUGAUAAGGUCAGGUUGGAGAAUAACCUAUAGCUUGCAGCGUCAUUGUGCUGAAUUGCGUAUGGGUGUGGUCCGUGACUACCCUAGCAACCGUAAAUAUCAGUUUAAAAGGAAAUCAGUUUAUAAUGAAAGAAAGAAUUGUUACAUACAAUUCGUAUUUUGUAGAUUGUUAAGAAACUUGAAUAUAGCGGCACACAACUCUUAGUUUUAACACUGCAUGACUAUUGUCAAUAGUCGAAGCAUAAAAACAAACAAUACUAAAUAGCAUACCACGUCUGUAUUAUUAAGCGUUACUAUGUAACUAAUUUUGCAACUAAUGUUUAACUGUUAUUAAUUAUUUAUUUAAAAGUUUAUUCAAAACACUAUUAACUCUAAGGAUCUCAUGACGUAUGAUUUGUUAGCAUCUCAUAACUUAAGCCGGGCUCUUACUGUGUCCGAUGGUCGCACGACCGUCGCACGACGAAUCCAACUCCGCUCCCUGUGUGCGCUAAGCGACGCAACACCGUCUGCAAUUGUCGGUGGUCGUCUGAACGGAUCGUCAUUAAAAACGAUCAGAUGCGCGCGCGUCGUCGCGUUGUGUUCUUCAUAGAAUCGCGUCGGCCGGCGACCGUCGGGUAAAAUGAGUUCUCGGCUUCACACAUUUUAUUUCUCAAUAAAGAAGGGUCGAGAAAGAUAUAUUCUAAUGAGACACAGGUCGAAACGGGUUUAAUUACAACAUAGAGUAUCUCUUCAAUAAUGAUCUAAAUAUAACUUGCAUUACAAUAAAUAGUACUUACGAGCCAUUAAGAUCUGAUGAGCCAUUUGUAGAAAGAAUCAUCUUUUCAAUGAUAUGUCUAUAUUCGUCAUAUCAGGAAGUAUCGUGCAAUUAUUAAAUGCAAUCCUUUUUGUCAGUCUGAUAGUAAUGGACCUAUAUUCGCAGUUUAAACUUCGUCCACGCUCUAAAAUUGUAUGUGAAACUUGUGCUUGAUGUGCCCAUAUAUGGUCAUGAUGAUGUCAUAGGCCUACUACACCCAAAUAUGGGCAUAUCACGUUCAUUUGCCACACAAAAUUUGAGUGUGUGGACAUGCAAAGAGAGACUCUUGUAUUUUGCACUCUAUAAAUGUAAAAACAUUAACCAUUAUUCCGUUGCAGUUGGUAACAAAGUUCAUAAAUAUUUUAGUUCUUCUUUGGCUUUAUGUUAAGGAGGUGUACUGAUUGAGUUCUGAACGUGUACGUUGGAUUAAAAACUAUUAAAAUGUUGGAGGGGUUAAUUAACGUCACCCUAUAUUCGUAAUUAUAC